CAGGCUCGCUCGAGCUCGGCUCAUUGACAAGCCCUCUCGGCUCCCGCUCAGGGCUCAGCCGCUCAGGUUCAUCUCCUCCCUUGCUCUUCCUUCCCCGGCGGCGACGACUCGGCGAGCGGCGGCGCCAUUUUUCCUGUCUUAGCCCAGCCCUUUGCCGGUGAUGAGCGCAUCCUCCAGAAUUAUCGGGUGUACAUGUGUACACCCAUGUUCUAUGCUGGGUCCGCCCCUGCUGCGUCGGCGUCCGGUGAGGACGCCGACCGUUGUGGACAAGAGCGGGGUGGUCGCAGGAAGUGCUCUGCCGGCGAUGGCGGCAGAGCUGGACAGGAAAUCUGAGCAUCGUGGGUCGAGGCUGCACUUCUUGGAGGAGAGGGAUGAGGAGACGCUGUCGAUAAGGUUGAUAAAGCUCAGCCAAUCCAACAAGGUCAGGAGUGCCACUGAGCUGUUCGACUCAAUGCGCGCGUCUGGGCUACAGCCAAGUGCGCAUGCCUGUAACUCCCUCUUGUCUUGCUAUGUGCGUAAAAGUUCGUUGGCUGAUGCGAUGAGGAUGUUUGAGUUCAUGAAGGAGAAACGAAUGGCAACAGGGCACACAUAUACCUUGAUUCUUAAGGCUGUUGCAAGCAAUGAGGGUUAUGCUUCUGCAUUGAAAAUGUUCAAUGAGAUUGAAGAGCAGGAAGAUUCAGAGAAAAUCGUUGAUGUGAUCGUUUAUAAUACAAUGAUAUCUGUAUGUGGAAGAGCAAAAGACUGGAUGCUUGUGGAGAAACUAUGGAGAAAGCUAAAGGAAAGUUCUUUGAAUGGAACUUUGCUGACCUAUGAUUUGUUAGUCAGCAUAUUUGUGCAAUGUGGACAGUCUGAGUUAGCUAUUGCCUCUUAUCAGGAAAUGCUCCAGAAUGGACUUGAUCCGAGCGAAGAUAUAAUGAAGGCUAUCAUUGCAUCCUGCACCAAAGAGGGCAAGUGGGAGUUUGCCCUGGCAACGUUUAGCAGAAUGCUCAGUGCUGGAGUGGAGCCAAAUAUCAUUUUGUUCAAUUCAAUGAUCAAUGCACUCGGGAAGGCUUGUCAAGAUGAACUUGCAUUCAGGAUGUACCAUCUACUAACAUCUUCAGGCCUUAAGCCUGAUCAAUAUACAUGGAGUGCAUUACUGUCAGCAUUAUAUAAGUCUGGGCGAUGUUGGGAUGUCCUGGAGCUUUUCCAAGGAAUUAAGGCCAAUCAUCCGACGCUCUUAAAUGAUCAUCUCUACAACAUUGCUUUGAUGUCUUGUGAAAGGCUUGGUCAAUGGGAACAUGGUUUGCAGUUGUUAUGGAUGAUGGAAAAAGAUGAACUCAAAAUAUCGGCAGUAUCUUACAAUCAUGUGAUAUGUGCUUGUGAGGUUGCUAGCAAGCCAAGAGUUGCUCUUAAAGUGUACCAGCGCAUGAUUAACCAAAGGUGUUCACCAGACACAUUCACACAUUUAUCUGUUAUACGAGCUUGCAUCUGGGGAUCUCUUUGGAAUGAAGUAGAGGAUAUAUUAGAGGAGGUUGCUCCAGAUUCUUCAAUCUACAACGCCGUCAUCCACGGGCUGUGUCUGCGAGGCAAGAUCGGGCUAGCCAACAAGGUGUACACGAAGAUGCGGAGCAUGGGGCUCAUACCAGACGGCAAGACGAGGGCGUUCAUGCUUCAGCACAUCACAACAGAGUAACGGACUAGACCAAGACUAGACUGCACUCCUGAAGAGGGAAGAUCACCAGUUUCGUAGCCGUGCAGUUCCGCAACAACGAGUGCGUGUGUGCAAACAGGAUCAGGUGCCUCCCUUCGUACAGAGCCGGACUGUUGCGCUGCCUGGAUAGUACACGGAGUAUUAAACUUGCCUGUAUCGGUACGGCGGCAGAAACGGACGCGCUAAUCGGCCAAAGAAAAUGUGCGUUGGCUGGUUAUCUGGUGGUUUCAAUUUGCCUCGGCCUUUCCGGAUUUCGUUGAGGGUCGCACGGUUCAUCGUCAUCACUAGUUCAGUACGAGCAGUUGUUUUCAGUUGGUCGGACGGCAUCUUUGGAGGUGGUAGGAGGCGUGCACGAGCUUUGCAAGUUUCCUUGAAAGGCACAAUUAGUCGCCCUCGAAGCUCAUAACCACCUUGAUCAAGGAAUCUAAUCUGCAAAACCGCAGCAAAAUCAGAAGAGUGCCACUAGCAGCAGGAUGACAACUGGGGUGCCUUUGGAUCAGAUCCAACACUGCCUUGGUGCACGCACCGGCAGGCUGGAUUCUUGGACUGAAGCUGAAGCAACAGGAAAGCAUCCCCCAACCACUCUCUGUUGAGCCGGAGAAAUGGAAACUUUCCUGAAACGUGCUUGUGUAUGACUUACUGGUUAGGCGGUGCGAAAGCAGGAUUAUGGUGGAACGAAACCACCUUAUACGGCAGCAGCCUAAACAAAACCUUUUGACCCAGGA